CCUUCACUGGCGAUCUGUAUUCUCCCUCCAAAUUCUCCAGCCCAGACUGACCAUUUGGAAACUCAGGCACUGCCCGAGGGCCCGGGGUCAGUAGGGGGCCCCAUGAGAUGCCCCUGGUACCUUUUUCAUAGGCUUUUUUGAGUAUGGGCAAGGACACAGGGGCCCCAUGAACCCAUAUUGCCCGGGGGCCCCAUGAGUUGUGAGUCCGCCCCUGAUUGUAAGCUGCAAUAAGUUAAAUUUUUGGUUUUGGUGCAUUCUAUAUUAUCAUGCAGGCUCCACCUCCACAACAUCU